UCUGCGCUGAUUGGUUGAAGAACUGGUCGGUCCAGCUGAUGGCAGAGGCGCAAGUAGUGUUGAUAACGCCGUCCUGGAUUUCUUCCCUAUUUAUUUGUUAAAGGAUAUUUAUUUGGAAAGGAUACAGCGAAUUUGGAGGAAAGGAAAGACAUGUCUUAAUGUAUUUCAUACCUGUGUCUGAUCCAUGUGCCAGUCAGCUGAAGCAUGCUGGAAGAAUGCAGCCCAUAACCAAAAGAGAUGCCGGAGUCUGGCAUCAGACGAGAAGCCUGCUAUACAAAAACCUGCUGAUCAAAUGGAGGACCAAACAACAGAGUCUCCAGGAGCUGAUCUUGCCUUUGCUGCUCCUGGGCCUCCUCAUCCUAAUUAGCACCCUCAACCCUCAUGUCUCAUACGGCAGUAUCAGCACUAAGGAGCUGGAGUACGAACGGGACCUGUCAAUCAAAGGUCUUGGCUACACCCCUAUCAACAAUGUCACCAAUCACAUCAUGGAAGAGGUGGCACGGGAACUGUCUAUGAAUGAGCGAUUAGAGAUGUUCUCCACCGAGAAAGAUUUGGAGAAUGCCAGUCUCUAUGAACCUGAUGGAUUUGUAGGAGUGGUCUUCUUGGACCAAUUGUCGUACCGUCUGCGAUUCCCAUACAACCAGCUCCCUCUGCCUAGUGACUUCACUGAAUCCAUAACAAGCUGUUACACAAACUAUGUCAACUGUCGGGCUGCCAACUACUGGUAUUCUGGAUUCAUACGUCUGCAGUCUCUCAUUGAUGCUGCCAUUAUACAGAUGAAGACCAAACGUCCGGUGUGGAAUGAAUUAAAAGUGCGUGCAGUGAUGAUGGGGCAUCCAGGUUCGGUGGAGGUCCAGAAGUUCCCUCACGCACUAAUCUCCAUAUACCUAGUGUUGGCGUUUACACCCUUUGUCUCCUUCCUCAUUGUCAAUGUGGCAGCUGAAAAAGAGCAACGCUUGAAAGACACCAUGGGCAUGAUGGGAUUGUAUGACUCUGCCUUUUGGCUUUCAUGGGGCCUUCUCUAUGCUGCACUAGUGACAACCAUGUCCAUUCUCAUGGCUGUUAUAGCAACCUGCACACCCCUGUUCUCCAACAGCAACUUCUUUGUCAUCUUCCUUCUCAUUUUCCUCUAUGGAAUAUCCUCUAUUUUCUUCUCCUUCAUGUUGACCCCUUUGUUUAAGAAGCCCAAGUUUGCAAGUACAGUUGGCUCUAUGUUGACAGUGGUGUUCGGAUGCCUGUCUCUUUUCACUGUGCUGAUGAGAGAUUUCCCACAGUCAGCUGUGUGGCUCCUCUGCCUUCUGUCUCCCAGCGCUUUCUCUAUUGGCAUCGCCCAGGUGGUGUAUCUGGAAGCUCAAGGGGACGGUGCAGUGUUUUCCUCUCUGGGCAAUGGUCCUCACGCCCUCUAUGUUCCUAUGGUCAUGCUGUUCUUGGACUGCAUUCUCUAUCUGCUUUUAGCCAUGUACCUGGACCAAGUCUUACCAGGCGAGUUUGGCACAAGGCGCUCAGUGCUGUACUUCCUACAGCCAUCCUAUUGGUCAAAGCGGAGGAAGCGUUAUGUGGAGGUGAGCUCUGUGUACGAGGGCGAGGUGAACGGAACCCCUGUGAAUGAUGAAUCUGUGGAGGCGAUUUCUUCUGAGUUUAGAGGAAAAGAGGUUAUCAGGAUCUGCAAUAUCCGUAAGAUCUACAGCGAGAAAGACACCAAAGUGGAAGCUUUGCGAGGUUUGACUUUUGACAUCUAUGAGGGUCAGAUCACUGCCCUGCUGGGUCACAGUGGAGCAGGAAAAUCCACACUCAUGAACAUCCUGUGUGGCAUCUGCCCCCCUACAGAAGGCACUGCAACCAUCUAUGGCACUCCUGUGGCAGAGAUAGCGGAGGGGGCCGAGAUGAAACAGCUGGUUGGUAUAUGUCCCCAGUUCAACAUCAUCUUUGAUGUGCUCACUGUAGAGGAACACCUGAGGAUCUUCGCUGCCAUCAAAGGGAUCCUGCCCUCUGAUAUUGACAGUGAGGUGAGAAAAGUUCUAAGGGAUCUGGAUUUAGAAAAGAUUAUGGACGCUCAGGCAAAGAACCUGAGUGGAGGUCAAAAGAGGAAGCUCUCUGUGGGCAUAGCAAUUCUCGGAGACCCAAAGAUCCUCCUUCUGGAUGAGCCAACAGCUGGUAUGGACCCAGUGUCUCGGCACCAGGUCUGGUCCUUACUGAAGAGCCGUAAAGCAGGCAGAGUCACUGUACUCAGUACUCAUUACAUGGACGAGGCAGAUAUACUUGCGGAUCGUAAAGCUGUCAUCUCUCAAGGACAACUGAAAUGUGUUGGUUCCUCUUUGUACCUGAAGACCAAGUGUGGGGUUGGCUACCAUCUUAGAAUGUCUGUAACUGAAGGCUGUGAAGUGGAGAACAUCACAUCACUGGUCAAGCAGCAUGUUCCCAAGGCUCAGUUGUCAAGGCAGCAAGAGGCUGAGCUUACAUUCACAUUGCCUUUCGAGAGCAUGGACACUUUCCCAGGGCUGUUUGCAGAGUUAGACUGUCGACCUGACCUGGGUAUCAUUAACUACGGUGUCUCCAUGACAACGUUAGAGGAUGUAUUCUUGCGUCUGGAGGCAGAGGCAGAGGUGGAUCAGACUGACUACAGUGUGUUUAACCAAGAAAAGCUGGAAGAGGAGGGAGACGUGUCCUCUAUGGAUGAGACAGACCAGCGGCUGCUGACGUUUUCAGACAGCAGGCAGGAUGCAGUAACCGGACGUGCCCUCUGGAGGCAGCAGUUUAGCACGGUGGCUUGGCUGCACAUGCUCAACCUACAGAGAGAGAGAAAACCUUUUAUUUACAAUUUGACACUGUUCCUGGUUUUCUUGUCUGCAAUGCUGAUUCUGUCCGUGGCCACGGGAAACAUUCAGAUUCAUUCUCCUGAAAGACUGUUUUCACCUAUAUACCUGCUGCACCGCAACGAGGCUCCUCGCAAAUACACCACCAGCCUGCUCGUGCAAAACUCCACCGAUUCUGACCUGUCAGGGUUCAUCCAAAAUCUGGCGUCUCAGGACAUUAAAGUGGAAAUGAUGAAAAAACCGGACUACAUGUCUGCUGCACCUGUCAGCGCCGCCAUCAACGUGACCGGAUCCAGUAAAGAUUUUAGCUACAUUUUAGCUUUUAACAGUACCACGGUGCACUCCUUGCCCAUGGUUGUCAAUGUGCUCAGUAACGCUCUCCUGAGGGGUUUUAACGGCACCGGAAACAUUAAAACAUGGACUAAACCCUUCGACUAUCAAAUCCCUGAUAAGACGUCCUAUGCACUGGUUUACAUUGAGGCUGUAAUUCUUGGGAUGCUGGCUGCAGGGAUGCCAGCCUAUUUUGCAAUGGACCACACAAGAGACAAAGAGUUGAAGUGUCGCUCGACCCUGAGGAUCUCUGGUCUUGUUCCUUCAGCGUACUGGUGCGGUCAGGCAGCUAUUGAUGUCCCUUUCUAUUAUCUUAUCUUAAUCUGUAUGACCAGCACCCUGUUUGCCUUCCAUUCUACAAACCUGCUAACCUUUUACAAUACCUUGUCUGUGGCUCUGUGUCUGAUUGGCUUCGCUCCAGCCAUGGUUCUCUUCACAUACUGCGUAUCCUUCAUGUUUGUCAAAGUCCAGAGCAAUAGGGACUUCUUCUCAGUGGUCUCCAUGAUGUUGUGUGUGGUUUCUGCAUCAAUAGUCCAGAUGGCCCUUGUGAAUGAGAGUCCUGUUGUGGCUCGUAUCCUACACAAUGCACUGUGUUUCUUCAGUCCACUCUACCCUCUUAUGGGCUGCCUUAACUGCAUUACCAUGGUCACCUUCCUUCAGUCUCCUCAUGAAGACGAUUUCCCAUGGAAGAACCUCUUCAUCUCUGUUGUGUCUCCGUAUAUCCAGUGUAUUCUGAUGCUCUUCAUCCUGAGAUGGCUUGAGAUAAGAUAUGGAGGGAAGACGAUGAAGAAUGACCAGAUCUGCAGGAUUUCCUCCCAAGCAAAGAGCAAUGCUCAGCGAAACCCAGAGGAGAGCAUGAGUGAGGAUGAGGAUGUUCAGGUGGAGAGAGCUCAAGUGAAGGAGGCGCUAACUUGUCAGUGCUGUGAGGAGAAACCAGUGGUAGUGGUGAGUAAUCUCAGGAAACAGUACAAAGGCAAGAGGGAGGGCUUCUCACUCAGCAAGAGAAGAAAUGUGGCCACUAAGAACAUCUCCUUUUGUGUUCGCAAAGGUGAGGUUUUGGGUCUGCUGGGACCAAAUGGAGCAGGAAAGAGCACUAUCAUGCACAUGCUGUCUGGAGACACUGAACCCACUGCUGGACAGAUUCUGAUGGGAGAUUAUGGCACAGACUUCCAACCAGUGGAAAACCCCUUGGAGCAUGUAGGGUACUGUCCUCAGGUGAACCCUCUGUGGCCUAGAAUCACUCUACAGGAGCACCUGGAGAUCUAUGCUGCUAUCAAGGGGUUACAUCAGCGUGAUAUCCCAAACAUCAUCAAGCGUGUUGUGAGUGCUCUAGAGCUGAAGGAUCAUCUUUACAAACAGGCAAAAAACUUGUCUGCAGGUCUAAAGAGGAAGCUGUGCUUUGCACUAAGCAUGCUGGGAAAUCCUCAGAUAGUUCUGUUGGAUGAACCAUCUUCAGGAAUGGAUCCCAAAUCAAAACAGCGCAUGUGGAGGGCGAUCCGUGCUGCCUUUAAGAACAAACAGCGAGGAGCCCUUUUGACAACCCACUACAUGGAAGAGGCGGAGGCUGUGUGUGACCGUGUGGCCAUCAUGGUUUCUGGUCAACUAAGAUGUAUUGGCUCAAUACAGCACCUGAAGGGGAAGUUUGGGAGAGGCUACAGCUUAGAGAUUAAUCUCAGGGAGGAGCUCACAGGUCUCCAGCAGGUAGCACUGUUGCACAAAGAGAUACUGAAGAUAUUUCCUCACGCUGUUCGUCAAGACAGUUUUGCCACUCUGAUGGUGUAUAAAAUCCCAAUGGAAGAUGUGAAGUCACUAGCAAAGUCUUUUGCCCAGUUAGAAAAUGCAAAACAAAACUUUAACUUUGAAGAGUACAACUUCUCCCAGUCAACUCUUGAACAAGUUUUCAUGGAGUUCGCUAAAGAGCAAGAGAAUGAAGAGGAGGAGGUCGGAUCACUUAGCACGACUUUUCAAUGGCAGAGACUGAGACAAGAUGGCCCUGUAUCCAUUCAUCACGCUGACAGCAUAGUACACCAGCUAUGAGCCAAUCCUGUCCAGCUUUCCCUGAAGCGUUGUUCCCUUAUUUUUCCCUCCGUCUCUCUCUAUCAGUCUGCAUGUGCCGUCCUUUGCCUUAAGAGCCUUAAACUGAUGGGACUCACAGGACAAUAGACUGUGGAUACUCCAGUGACCACUAGCACACAUACAGGACACAUGUGUGCAUGUGUGGGCUGUGAAACUCGCUUUGGCUCUGGUACUGGCACUUGCUUAGAUGGAAUCUGACAUGUGACUUGAGUGUCAGCAGUUAAAGCCGAGCAAGACUUGGCAGUUCUCUUUGUUGUUGUCAUUUUUGUUUUUAAUGAAGACAUUUUAUUUUUAAAUUCCACUCUCUGUAAUUUCUUAUAUCUUCCAUUCACCUGAUGUAUAUCAAACACAACGUUCUGUUGUUUCCAUAUACACGAUGUCGGUCACUAGGAAAUGAAUUGCAUGGAGCAGGUUCCACAUUAUUACCAAAGUCUCACUCACAUCGACACCGAAACAGUGCUCUUUGGUGUCUGUAGCAUGGGAUAUAAACUUGCGUCUCUGUGUGUAUGGCUAUCUGACGUUAUUAUCUGUUUGUGUUGUGGUAGGGUACGUUUCCAGACAGGAGAAUCUCAUUAUUAACACUGGCAGCAUUAACACUGAGAUUUACCAGCAUGUAUGGGGCUGCUCUCGUUUCUUGUAACCCUUUUUUAGGGCAGAGUGGCCCUGCCGGUGCAUGAAGCCUCUUCUGUCUCUGCUGCACCCGGGAGAUCCACAAGUCUCCUUUCUUAAACACCAGCACGUGUUUCAGGCUUUCACACAGAGCUCUCCAAAGAAAAACAGGGCUAAGCACUCACAGUGAGUCAGCAAGUGGGUUAUCAAGAUGAUGAAGAACUUCCCUCUGUCAUCCCUUUCUUUAGGAGCAGUUUUAAAUGUUUAGAAUCGGUAGCUUAAGAAUGUAGUUCUCUCAAUCCACACCGAACCAUAUCGCACUCCAGAUUAGUCGCAUACUGCUGAGUAAGGUCUUUUAUUUGAUCGUUUUUUGUUAACAGAAGUAAUGAUACUGUAGGAACCGUGAGUCUUGAAUGUACAGUGGGUGAAGUUUUAUAGUAAAUCAUUGAUGUGGGUUUAAUGUAUCUAGUGUAAGUCUUCGGUUUUGGGAGCCAGAAUGACUUAAUGUUGGUUGGUUCUCAUUCAAGAGGGUCCAUCUUUUUGUACCUUUUAGAAUAUUUUUGUUUAAAUGGAAAAAUUAUUAAAUGAUCGCUUUUCUUUUUGUUUGCUAAUAAUAUGUAAUACUAAAAUUUAUUCUCUGUGUGGCACAUUGGAGAAUGCCUUUCAAGAGUAAAAAAAACAAUUCUAACCUAAAGGAACAGUAUUGUUUUAUUAAUUUUUAAGCUUUAAUGGGUAAUACUUUAAAACAAGGUUCUGUACAUUUAGUUAAUGCAACAGCUAAUGACAAUUGAUAACAGCAUUUCAUUAAUCCCACUUUAUUAUUCCCCGUGUUUAUUUUUCUUAAAAUUGUUCAUAUUUUUAAAAGCAUUUUGGUUUUGUUGAUUUAUGUUAUGAACAAAACUUGUAUUAAUUAAUGCUAACUAAUUAAACAUCAUUGUAAAGUUAGUAUUACCAAUUAAUGUUAUUCUUAAUUUGCGUCAGUGAGCUGCCCUUCUCAUUUCUCUUCAAAUAGGUUGAAAUAUUGAAGCUAAUACACAUGUAUUCUACUCUCAACAGGAAGUGUUUUCAUUUCACAACUCUACAAACAUGCUUUUCCACUUGGUGCGUUUUUGUCCAGUAGAUGUUUCUUUAUUCUUCUCUGAGCGAUGACUAUGCUGAACCGUGCAUUGGUAUUAGGAACUCUGCCCCAUGUGCUGGUUCUCUUGUUGGUAGAACCUCUAAAAGAUGUUUGCUAGGUGUUUCAUGGGUACUCUUGUAGAUGGGUUUUAUUUUUCCGUUUAUACUCCGUUGAAAAUUGUGUACAUUUGGACCUUUAACCCUAGCUGAAUGUGAAAGGUUGUGUAUAUAGUGUUGUUUGGAGCAGUCCUCAAAAAUUGUAAUCCGUGCCAGGUUGGCAUGUUAUUGUGGACUACAUUUUUUUAUUUUUUGGCUUCAUCUUACAAAGUUUGAUUUCCAGUUGGUCAAACACUUGGAUGGUCUUAUUUUUAGAGGCACACAAAUCAACCUCUGUAGCAUCUAAAGUACUGAAAAGAUUUAAAGGAAUAAAAAGAUGUCAUUGUAAUCGAGAAAUUAUGGUUGACAUGCACAGCAGACACAGUGAAUUUGUUAAGGGAUUUAAUUGUAAUUUUUGCACAUAUUUAACCUGUAAUGUAUUACAUUUUCUGUAACAUUUACACUGACCAGUUUAGUCUUUGCUGGACUGGGAUGGAAUGGGAUGAUUAUAUUGAACACUAUCUAACAUCUAUUUAACCAAGACCUUUAUUUCCUCCAAAGUGCAAUAUAUGAAUACUUGUGCGUGUGAGUAUUUAUUGCAUUAUGUAGACCGUGUCAUUGCAAACUGCAAUAUUACUGUUGUCUCGUGUGAACUCAAAUGUGUCUUGCAGUACAAUGUAGCCACAAAUAUGUAAUCUUUUAGAACGCUUUGCACUCUCUUCCCCUAGUGCACAUUUACUGGCCUUUGUAUGCAAAAAUUCUGUUGGAAAAUAAAUUGUGUUCAGGAUGUUGUUAA